GCAGAGCUUGGCGGUCCAGUUCAAUAUAGAUGGAUGUAUCCUUUCGAAAGGUUUUUUAAACGUUUGAAAGGCAAGGCGAAGAACAAAAGAUAUCCAGCGGGUUCAAUCGUACAUGAAUGAUGAGAUAUCAUACUUCUCGGAACACUAUUUUGCAUCGCACAUUUGUACAACUAUUAGAAGAAGGACAAGUCGGUAUGAUGAAGGUGAAGUUCCUGUAUAUCCUGUCCCGGUACCAGACAUAUUCACACAAGUCGGUCGUCCAAGUGGCAAAAGUAGUGAGUUCUGGUUAACUGAGCAAGAUUGUACAUGCGCACAUGCAUAUGUUUUGCGUAAUUGUGACUAUUUUCGACCGUUUGAAAGUAUGUUGGACGCGCAAAUUCGGGAUGAAUAUCCAGAACUCUCUGAUGAUGAGGUCACUUCUAAAAGAGACGAAGAUUUUCAUUUAUGGAUUCGCCAAUACGUACGUCGUAUAUACUAACGAUCUCACUUUAAAUCGACUCAUGGAUUGGAAUAUAUAUCUUUACUAAUCUAUAUAAUUUUCAUUUUAGGUGGAAGCAACGAGAAGUCAUCAAAAUUUUCCUCCAUAGGUUCAUGAACUAGUGGAAGGUCCUGAAAACAAAGUCAAGUCAUGGCCCAUGUAUUUUACUAGAGGAUAUAUGUUUCACACGCGGAAUCAUGGGCGCACUAGAAAGACAAUGAAUUAUGGGGUAUGUGUUCGAGGACAAAAUUAUUCUGAAGCAUCUAACGAAGAAGAUUUUUUUGGGACCGUGGAAAAGAUAAUCGAGCUCGAGUAUCCAGGACUGGUUAACUUAAAGCUCACAUUUUUCUACUGUGAAUGGUUUGACCCAAAGGUUGGCAAAGGAAUUCGUAUUUCAGAUGGAGGCGUUGUAGACGUGCUACAAUCAAAGAGAUACCAAAAUUACGAACCAUUUAUUUUAGGGUCUCAAGCUGAUCAAGUGUGUUAUCUUUCAUACCUGAACACAAAACAACCUCGAAAAACGUGGCUUUCAAUUUGCAAAGUUAAUCCAAGGAAUGUUGUUCAAGGGAAGUUUACUGAAAAUGAUAUGGUUAUACUGCAACAAUCUGUUGAUGAGGCACCUCCGAGCAUGAUUGAAGAAGUUAUAGUUGAGAGCUUAGUUGACGGAAAUCAUCAAGAUGAACCUAUCGAUUUUGAUAUUGAAGAUGCUGAAGGAGAAGACGAAUUUCAUUGUAAUUCAUCAACAUCCGAAGAUGAAGAUGAAGAAGAAGGUGAAGAUGAAGAAUAAUUAUAAAUAUAAGUCAUUUGUAAAAUAAUUGACUAAAUUUUAAUGUGUGUUUUGUAAUAUAUUUUAAUUAAAUGGCUUGAUGAUGUGUGUUUUGGAAAAUAGAAUUAAACACCCAAUUUGAUAUGUUUAUUUACUAGUUUUUGUAAGCAUUUAACGAUUAAUUAAACAGCCAAUUUGGUAACAUACUUGCCAUACUUGAAAGCAGGUUCUCGGUUCGAGUCAAGUAGAGCUCUUGUUUUCCAUCAUUUUACUAACAGUCACAAAACAGUCGCACUGUUGCCACCAUUCUGCGACUAAACAAGAUAAUCGAUCACAUCUACCAAACGGUCACAAAACAGUCACACG